CUCAGCGACACAUAUUCCGUUUGUGACCGCGAAUGAAAAGCACGCCGAAAUACCCCCACCCUCCACCCAGCUCGACCCUAUUUAUUCUCCUCUCUAAUUUUGAAGAAGGAAAGGGAGGUUCUAAUGUUUCUUUGCAAAAAGAGUGCAAAAUGUGUCUGUGUAAAUUUAGUUUUUAUUAUUCUAAGGGAUGAUAAUAAUAAUUUGUGACACUAGCGUACGACAUUAGCUACGUUUGUUUUUCUUUUAACAUUUAUAAUUAUCGUUCCAUAUAGUGUGAAACUGAGAAAAAAUAUAAUUUAAUUUUACAGUAGUAAUGCAGUAUGUUUUUUGUUAGUGGUAAAACUAACAAAUCUAUAAUAACGGCGUUUUUGUUUGUUUUUUUAUUCGAAGACUUCAUUCUAAUUGUUUUUUUAAACAAUGCAAUAUAUUUCGGUUCAAUAUAAAUAUGGACGUGGCCAUUUAUAUACUGAAAGAGCUUCAGAUGCGUGGGUCUAAUGAGUGUCAAGAUGACGCUAAGAAAAAAAGCAGAAAGAAAAAAAAUACUUCUUUUCUUUUUCCUGUUUUACAUUUCAGGCUAAUCAGUGUCACCGGAGAAGAAAAAAGGAAAAUAAUAAAUCACUGCACACAUUGAUCAAACCCAGCACCCUCUGGCUCAGUAUAGGAGUUACAUUUUUCUGACUGAAUAGUCUUAUGGUACUCAUAUAGCAGCAUAUGUAUGUGUGUGUAUAUAUAUAUAUAUAACAUUUCUCACUAUCAGAUUAUGUGCCGAAAAUCCCUUCCAAAUUACUAAAUUAGUCUUCUGCUUUAGAAAAUAGCAGCCUGCGAUAGGAGUAGGACACACACACUGACCAAAGAGGGGACAUAAACUACCCAAUCACCAGAUAUACCAAUUGCAAAUAUACAACUCUCCAAUUACAUGGCCCAUAUUAUAUAGUAGGCUGAAUCUAAUACUAGCAUCACACACACUGCACCACACACAAGACGCGCGCACGUUCCCGGCUGUGAUUUACGCUCCACAAAUUCAUUUUAAUGCGGUCGGUAUUAUCUCCAAAGCGCCGGGAAACAUAUUUUAUUAUUCGGUUGCCUUCUCUCCCAACCCCAAGGGGAAAACGCGCAUACGUGUGAGAACUGCUGGUUUUUAUGGGUCCAACAACAGACGGAGGAAGACACACGGGGAGAGAAAAGAAUCAAUUUAACGCGCCGAGGAUUCCGGUGUGAUUGUGCAAUGUCACCGGGAACAGAAGGAAGAUUAGAAAGAGAGAUUAGAUACGAAUUAAAAAGGAAAGAAAGGAAGAGAGCGUGUUUGUGUGUGGUGGUGGGGGUGUAUUCGGUAGUUCCCAGACCUCCUCCUCUUCCUCUUCUUCUUCCUCUCCAACGAAAGGAAAAGAGCGAACGAAUGCCAGGCACAGACGCGUCCCAUUGGUCAGUUCGAGGUCAGCUGGUGUCUGCCCCCCAACCCCCCACCCGAUACCCCUUCUCGCCCCGUCCCGUGUUCUCCGAUCGCAUACACACGGAGAGGUUCUCUCUGUUGCCCCCCACCCUCCACACGCCCCUCCGUCCCACACUGGCACUCAGCCCACCUAAUACACCCCCCCUCCUCCCAAUCUGCGAUACACUAAGUGAUAGCGGCAGCCCGUCGGACUGUCGGCUAUAAAACACAACAAAUCAUAAAGUGCAGGCAGGGGAAGGCAGAGGAAGCAGGACGGGAGGGAGAACCGUUAGCUGCUAGCCGUUAGCCUCUGCCUACUCCUCCUCCUUCUCCUUCUUCAUCGAGUGAACGUUGUUAUUGUGUUUGUUUCGUCCCCUCCUGUCCUCCCCUCUCCUCUUCUCCUCUUUUCCGGCUUCUCCUCUUUUUCUUCUUUCUCCUGAUGAAUUCCUAUUUUGUCAACUCCUCUUUCCCGGUGACGCUACCGGGAACGGGUGGAAGCGGGCAGGCGGCGGCAGCAGAGUCGUUUUUGGGUCAGAUACCUCUCUACUCAUCGGGAUACGCCGCCGACCACCCGCUUAGGCACUACCCGGGGGCAGCAGCCGUUACCGCAGCCGUGGCAUACAGCACCGGCGGACCCGGCGCACACCAGGACAAACCGUACCCGGCAUCCACCUACUACCAGCAGGCGGCCAAUGGAGCAUAUACCGGACACCGGGCGACAGCAGCAGCGGCGGGGGUCGGUGUUGGGGGCGCGACCGGAACCGGUGCCUGCGACUACGCCACGGCAGCGGCGGCCGCGGCGGCCGCAGCUGCAGCCUCGAGUUUCUACAGGGAUAAGGAACACCCGUGCGCUCUGGAGGAGCAUCAGCUCGCGCUCAGUCAGGACGGCGUGCAGCGUAAAACAGAGUGCGUAGGGCUCAGUGCAAAGGGGCUUUUCGGAGAAACGAUGGAAGACAAACAGUCGGCGUCAGUGCCCAUUUAUCCAUGGAUGCAGCGGAUGAACGCCUGCAACGGGACCUUCAGUAGCCCCGGGAGACGCGGUCGGCAGACGUACACCCGCUACCAGACGCUCGAGCUGGAGAAGGAGUUUCACUUCAACCGGUACCUCACGCGGCGACGUCGGAUCGAGAUUGCGCACGCGCUGUGCCUCACGGAGCGACAGAUUAAAAUAUGGUUCCAGAACCGGAGGAUGAAGUGGAAGAAGGAGAACAAGCUGAUCAACUCCUCUUCUACAUCCUCUUCUUCUUCCUCUACGGCUAACGGUGCAGAUGAAGAGGAGAAACGGACUGAGUAAUACAGGACCAAAAAUAAACUAAUGUAAGACACGUAAAAGGAAGGGCAGAAUAAAAGAGAAGACAUGCUGAUUAAUCUCAUGCCUCCAAGUUUUUCAAGAGCACCCCCCCCCCCCCUGCGCAUUUUUUUCUCUCUCUGUUGUUUUUCUUUCUUUCUUUUUUUCCCUCACCUGAGCAGUGGUGAAACAACGGAAUGGGGGGAUUUAUUUUUAUCCCCUUUACAUCAACUCUUUCUGUGGGCUGUACUUGAGUGGUCUGAUAUUUGGUAAUAAUUUGUAAAACACUCUACAGCAAAGGUUAUGUAACUGUGGAAAGGGACAGAUACGAUAAAACCUGGGAGGGGAAAGGAACAUGGCGUUAAAUUAAAGAAUACAAUAGAUGAAUGAACACUUUUUUUAAAGGCCACCAACCUAAGGCCACAAGUAGUUUUAAAACACAAUUUAUCGCUGCAUUCCGCCUACCGAUUUUUUUACUGUACUUUUUUAUGGCUAUGCAUAUUUAAUUUAUUUUAUUUUAUUUGUUAUUCUUUCAAAGACAUCAUGUAAGGCACUUGUUUUAGGGUUUAUAACUUGUUUUGGGGGCUUUAGAACUUGACAUCCGGCUGUUUCCUUCCUGAUUUUGUUUCUUAUUAUUUGUAAAUGUGUGUAGCCUUUAAUACCUUUAAGUACAGGUGCAAGUAUGCUCUGCAUAUACACGAAGGGAGGAAAAACUAUUGGAGGUAUGUAUGUCUUAUGGUGUUCAUAUUUAAACUGUACAGAAAUAAGCAAGGGGAAAACGCCUUGUAUGGUGAAAAUAAUGUAACUACGAUUGCGGGGAAAUUUUCAAUAUCGGGAAACCUGUUGAAGCUUUGGGUGGGGUUGCGGUUGUUAACCUACUGAUGUUAUUCGCCAAACUACCUAAAACAUUCAGGAAAGUGUAUAUUUUAUCGAUUUUUACAUGUUUUGGUUAUGUGUUAUUGUCAAGUAAUCACAUAUACUACCUAUGACAAAUGUUCAAUAAAAUGUAACGGAAUUUAUGGAGAAAGGUUAUUUUUAUAACGGGGAUAGGGUGUGUUUGUGUGUGUGUCUUGGGGCAUGAAAUGAAUUUUCAUUCAUUCUAACAUUAAUUAACGCGCAGUAA